GUUUGGCAGUUUGCCAUGAUCUCUGCCAGGCCGUGUAGCGCAGUGGAUAGCGCGCUGGACUUCGAAUCCAAAGGUCGUGGGUUCGAAUCCCACCGUGGUCACUGGUUUUUUAUUUCCCUGCUCGAGAAGAGGAGCCCUAGAUGCGCCAUGGAGCGCGCAUCCCUCGUUUUGCUCGUCGUCGUCUCGGCAGCGCGCGGAUCUCUCCUCGCCUCAGCUCACGAGCACGAGCACUCGCAUUCUUGCAGCCAUGGCGGGCAUCAUCACUCCCGCGACCAUGCUCAUUCGCAUUCUUCGCAUGAUCAUCAUCACGACGAUCACAGUCUGCUACCGGAGGAGCUCGCGGAAGAGGAGGAUCUCAAGCGCUUUGGAUUCGGCAGCUCGGUGUUUGAGGAUUCCAGGAGCGAGCUCUCGAAAUUUGAGCUCUGGACUUACGCGAUGGGAAGUUCGUUAUUGGUGAGCCUGGUUUCUCUCAUCUGUCUCGCGACGGUCCCUUUGAUUUCCUCUAAAGGACCUCCUCCUGCGAAUUUUGUGAACACUUUGGCGGCAUUUGGAGGAGGUGCCAUGAUGGGCGAUGCGUUCCUCCACCAGCUGCCUCACGCGUUUGGAGAUUCAAGCCAUUCUACGCAUUCGCACUCUCAUUCCCAUCAUUCACACGAUCAUGAUAACGGAGGUCACGCUCAUUCGCUUAAGGAGAUCUCAACUGGACUUUGUGUUCUCGCCGGAAUUUUACUGUUCUUCAUGGUUGAGAAGAUAGUGCGCUACGUCGAGGAGCACGGUUUUCAAACUUCGCAUUCACAUCACCACCAUCCCAAAAAAAAUGAUGGUAAUGCACCUGACUGCGACAAAAGUUCUGAAACUGAAAAGAUCCCUCCAAAAAAUUCCAAGAAGAAAAAAGCACAGAAGAACGCUGAUGGAUCUAAACUUGUGCUGGGUUAUCUGAACCUGUUCUCCGACGGAGUGCAUAACUUCACCGACGGAAUGGCGAUAGGAGCAGCUUUUCUUCUAUAUGGAACAAAAGGAGGCUGGUCCAGAACGUUCUUCCUUCUUGUCCACGAGCUUCCUCAAGAGGUUGGAGAUUUUGGAAUUCUUGUAAGAUCUGGCUUCACUGUUUUCAAGGCUUUGGCAUUCAACUUUUUGUCUGCGUUGGUUGCUUUGGCUGGCACUGCCGUGGCGCUAGUUUUUGGGGCCAAUCCCGAGCAGUCAUCGGUGAUUGAGGCGUUCACGGCCGGAGGCUUUUUGUACAUCUCCUUGGCAGGAGUUAUACCUGAAAUGCAUCAGCAAGGAAGCUCUAUCAAGAGCACAUUGCUCCAGCUGUUUGCAUUAACCUGUGGAAUCGGAACUGCGGUUGCAAUUUCCAUCGCAGAGUGAAAGAUAGGUACUUCAAGACGAUUCUUUUAUUUAAUCUCUUAAUUGAAAGAUUGACAACAAA